AUGGCGGAGCGAAAAGGUUCGGAAGCUGGGCCGACAGCAGCAGCGGCAAACGCAAAACAUUCGCAUGCGAUUCCUGCGGCAUCAUUCCCGACACACAACUCGCCGCGGACCUGGUUCCUCACGUCGUCGCUGUCGCCGCUCUGCAUCCGGCUGAUCAGGCUGUUACUUGGCCACGGCGACUACGUGGUCGCGUGCCUGCCGCCGCAGGAGCUCGAGAACGACGAGCGCAGUGCCGAGUUCCGCGAGCUCGUCAACGAGUGCAAGAGCAACCGCAAGGACCGCGAGGGCUGGAAGGACCGCAUCCGCGGCAUCCGCUGCGAUGGGCGCGUCAUGGGCGCGUGCGGCGCCGCCGUAGCCGAGGCCGUGCAGGUGUUUGGCCGCAUCGACAUCCUGCUGUGCUGCAAGUACGAGGCCGUCGUCGGCACUGUCGAGGAGCUCGCCGCCACCCCCGCCACGCGCAACCUCGUGCGCGACCAGUUCGAGACCAUCUUCUUCUCCCAGGUCAACUUCAUCAAGGCCGCCCUGCCCCAGUUCCGCGCCCAGCACACGGGCCACAUCAUGGUCCUGACCAGCAUCGGCGGCCACAUCGGCACCCCGGGCAUGUCGGUCUACACGGCCGCCACGUGGGCGCUCGAGGGCUUCUGCGACUCGCUGGCCUACGAGAUCGCCCCCUUCAACAUCAAGGUCACGAUUGUCCAGCCGAACAAGGAGAUCCAGAGCCUCACCAACAAGAUCAUCUUCGCGCCCCAGCUGCCCGCCGCCUACUACGCCGACUAUGACGGUGGCAGUGGCAGCGGCGGCGGCGGCGACAGCGGCAGCAUCCACAACAGCGGCGGCCCCUUGCCACCAACGGCGCCCAGCAUCCGGGACAUAAUGAGCAACGUGCUUAACGCGAACCCGGACACGGCCGUCGAGCCGUCCGAGGACGAGAUCCAGCACCGGUACCCGCACCUGCCGGCGGCGACGCUCGACCGGCUCGUCCUGGAGACGGUGCACGCGCUGACGGCCAUCGGCGGCCACGAGAACCCGCCGGCGCGCCACAUCGUCGGCUUCGAGGGCAGCAUCGCCGUGCGCGAGAAGCUCAAGACAGUCACCGAGGAGAUGGAGGACUUUGUCGAAGCUAGCCUGGCCGUCGACAUCUUUGAGAGCGAGCUCAAGGACGAGGCCCGCGAAGGGCGCGCCGCCAUGGCCAUGGCCAUGAUGAUAGACGCGCACAUGACGGGGACGGGGGUCAGGGCGCUGGUCGUGCCCAUCGGCCAGAUCAAGCGCGACCGCUUUGCCGUCUUCGUCGACCGCCUCAAUGUCGAGAACAUCGUCCACCUGCGCGACGUCACCCCCGAUGGCCGCCCCAACCGCAACAUGUUCUCGCCUCUGGCCUUCCCCGGCGGUGCCAUGUUCUACGAGCUCAUGACGUACCACCCCCCGCCCUCCCACAUCGCCCUCUCGCCCUUCGACCGCUACCGAAAGCCGCUCGUGCUCAUUGCCGUGGCCGACGGCCGCCACUCGGGCGGCAGGACCGAGCUCGAGGACCUGCGGGACCACUAUUCCCAGAUCCUGGUGCACCAGCCAGUGCCGAUCCCGGAGGGCCUCGUCACUAUUCCGCCCGCCGAGAAACACCUAAGAACUACCAUGAAGACGGUCAUGUGCGAUGUAUCGGCGCUGUUGCUCGCCGAGAUGACGACGCUAGCCAAAUCCUACGAGGGCAGGUCCUAUCUGGACUCGCCCGGCACCGCAUUGGGUAGGAGGAACUCGCAGUACUCUCUGCCCAUCCAAGCGCGCAUGUCCAUGCCGCCCGUCCCCUUCAAGGGGGGCUCGCCGCUCGCCUCCAGCAGCUCCACUCCCGGUCGACCUUCCACCCCUGUCGGCUCCAGGAGCGGCCUUGCAAACCCGCCAACCUCUUUUGACGACUUUCCAGCGGGGGGCGACUCGGUCCCCACCAGGCACAGGACGCAGAGCCAGGACAGAGUGGCAAGGAUGAGAACCAAGACGAAAUGCAGAAUCCAAGUCGUGGUGGGCUCGCUCUAUCUCCAGGCCGGCCUGUGGAAUGUUGCCAUCAGGGAGCUCAGCGAGGCCGCCACCGCUUUAGAGCUGGCGCUCAUCAGCCUGUUGCUGCUGGGAUGGGCGGGAAUCGAGUUUCAGGUGCCGACCAUUAUGUUACCUCCCCCAGAAAAAGGCACCGCCCUCGCCGCCGCCAUACAGGACGCCGAGAGCAGGGAUCCUCAACAGCCCCGGUGGCUGCGGAAUCUGCAAAUCUACAUUCCCGAGCUACUAGAUCGCAUCUUGAAUUUGUAUACGAGGGCCACCAUUAGGUCCUGCAGGAUGCUCGCCGCUCUUCACAUUGCCGAGGGGCAGCUGGGAGCCGAGUCCCUGGACAUGAUAGUCUUCGGCAAGAUACCCCAGAUACCGCUGACCACAUCGCCACGCUUCACCAUCGUGCCGGUCCGCACGCAAAUACUCUUGACCACGGUGGACCGGAUUGUAAUACUCAGCGGCAUUGCCUCGGCUAUGGUCGUCAGGGAGCUAAUCUCGGUUCUGGUCGGUGGGCUGGUCGAGGCGAGAACCCGGGGUGCUGCCGACGUCGGUAUCCACCCGGCGGCCGGGCUCGUCGGCCUCAAUGGCCUCAACGGCCAGGCUAAUGGCGCCAAUGGCGCGGCAGCCUCCCUAGAGAUUGGGGCAGAUGACGUUGAGCAGGGGAUAGAAGCCUUCCUAGGACUCGUUCUCAAGACGUACGGGGUUGUGGCCGACAACCUGGGCACCGCCACAGCUACCGGCGAAGUCAAGGACGACUCCGACGCUACCAUUCUCUCAAUAAUACAUAAACAAUCUACGGCAAGGCUGUUCGGCAUGCACCAGGUCAAGCUCAAUAUCCUUCGAUCCUGCAUUAAUUUCUCCGAGGCUCUGCCAGACUUUGCUGGAGUCUUGAAGUACUCCAGCGACCUCUUGCGGACCGCUGGGAGCGGCAUCGCCCCUGGCCCGCGCCGCGAAGAUGCCUACCCGACAAUCAGUAGGGAUGAGCAAAUUCGCUUGGCUAGCAAUAUCUCCAAGACUUCGAACUUGUCCAAGCGGUUAGGGAUGGGUCAUUUGGCAGCCGAGUAUUGGGACGAGUUCCUUGUCCGUGGCGUGAAGCUAGAGCCGCUACCUGUCACGAGAACCCCUAUUCCCCACGCCAAGAGCGUCCUCCCAGAGGUAUCUACAGCAAGAACCUCGCAGGACGUAAAUCCAUUCAUCUACAACCCGUUCUUGAAGAAGUCGGACGCGGUAGUGGAGCGCAUGCUGAACCCCUACGAAUUUGAGGGCGCCGAUUUCGAAUCGGCAGUGGAGAGCACCGUCAUCGGCGCCUACCGGACUCAGAUAUUGAGGGUAACCGGCGUGGCAAAAGGCGCUGGGCCUCUGAGAGUUACAGGGGCUAUAAUCAGGGUGCGGGGCUGCCGCGAGAGGAGAUUCCCCAUCUUCACGGAACCGUGGGCCCCCGAGAACGAGAUCAAGAUCAAGGCCAUCGGAGUUGCGGCCCUUGACCGUCUCACGCCACAACCAGUGGUCGUGGUCAAGUCCUGCACGCUUCCCCAGUCAUCGGUUAUGAUCCUAGAAGGGGAGCGUCAGGUCUUUUCCGUGACGCUCGAGAACCUCUCCACCACGACUCCGGCCGACUUUCUCCUCUUCUCCUUCCAGGACUCGACGCAGGAGCCUCUCCAGCUGGCCCUGAGCAGCCGCGAUGCGACGCCGUCAGAGCUCUACGAGUACGAGCUCAUCCUGGCCAAGAAGCAGGCCCUGCGGCUGCGGAAGCGGGGCGACAGCCGCAGGUUCAUCGCGCCGGGCGAGACGGCGACGUUUGACUUUGAGAUUCUCGGGAAGCCGGGGCUUACCACCGGUCUCAUCCAGAUCGACUAUGCUCACCUCGGUGUCCCGCAAGACGAAGUCGGCGAGACUUUCUACACGCGACAGGUUUCCCUGGCGCUCACGGUUACUGUUAAUGCCAGCGUUGACGUGACCAGGGUCGAUGUGCUCCCGCUCCACGGCAGCGAUACGUCUGUCGAGAAGCCGACGAUGGAUACGCACUGUCUGCUGCUGGUGGAUCUGCGCAAUGCCUGGCCGAGCCAGGUGCACGUCGAGAUUGAGUGCGACGAUGGUCGUCUAGUGCUUCCGGUGAAGAGGAUCUAUCUGGAAGAGCCGCACGCCUUCAUUCCCGCGCUCAAUCCGUCGCGGCAGCGGCAGUUUGUCUUUAGCACGAAAAUUACACCCGACGUGGAGCGCGCCAACCGCGAGGCGUUCUGGUACCGGGAGAAGAUUCUCGACUCGCUGAAGGGCACGUGGAGGGCUACGUCUGGCGCGGCUCGGAGUGGCGAUAUUGAGCUGCGGAGCAUACGGCUGACGUCGCGCAUGAUUGAAGCUGUCAAGGUUGACGAGGUCGGCAUCGAUAUCUCGAUGGUGGACCCCGAAGACGACGAUGACAGCAGCAGCGGAAGCAGCAGCGGCAGCAACGUGGUGGCCGUCGACGAGUUCAUGCAGGUCAGGGUGCGCAUCACCAACCGCACUGACCAGCCCAUGUACCCGACGCUGCGGCUCAUGCCGGCGCUCCGCCACCGGCCACAGAACGUGGCGCUCGACUUCACGCGCAAGUUCUCGUGGAACGGCACGCUGCAGCAGGCGCUGCCGCUGCUGCCGGCGCGCGCCACGGCCGAGGUCGUCACGGGCGUCACGGCCCUCUGCCGCGGCGCCUUCGAGGUCGCUGCCAGCGUCGAAGAGACGCGCCUCUGGACGCCCACCUCGGACGAGGAAGAGGAGAGGGAGAUUAGGAAGCGCGCGUCCAGGCCCAGGUCGGACACCCAGACCAUGAUGGAUGCCGUGCUCGGCGCCAGGGAGCGGAGGAUCUGGCACUCGAGAAGGCCGUGUCAAUUUGUCGUCCGGGACCGGCGGUGA